GUGACACUUCGUCUUGGUUCGCUUCGCCUCGCGCCAACACUACCGAGUUAUGCCAAAUGGAACGGACUCGGCACAGCCACACGAGAAGGUACUAGGUCAGUGACUAUAGUACAUUAACCAAUGAUGAAGGUAUUGUUGGGUCAUUGUUUGAUAGCACAAUCUGCUGAAGGCAGCAUAUACAACUUCACUGUACGCUGAAUGUUCAGUAGUAUUACCCCGCAUCUUCUCACUGUUACUGAUGUCUUUUGUAUAUCACUGGCAGCAGAAGCUAUGUCUGCCAGAGCCGCGAUAUACGCAGGAGAAUGGUUGUCUGAUUUUUUUCUUAUUUCAUCCUUUUCACUCAGAGCAUCACUCACUGCAGGUACCAUUCAAAAGACUUUGACUCCACUCAUGAUCGAGAAUCGAGAUGGAUGGCCUGGUGGCAGCGGCGGCGGUGUUGUACGGGGCCGGGAGAGUUGCAUAUACAAAGGCUGUGUCGCGGCUGGUGCCAUGCGGUUGCAUUGUAUUCUACCCUCACCUGUGGUAGCGUUGUGAUUAAAUCCCCAUACCCUAUCUACAACUCACUACCUGAGGGCCGUUUUGGAGGCGCGCACUGCAUGGCAUGGAUGUCAACUCUUUU